AUGUCCGACGUUGAGGGGAGCUGCCACUGUGGCGCUAUCAAGCUGCGCGUCGUCGGCGGAUUUGACGACAAUGCUACGGCCAUCGUGUGCCACUGCACCGUUUGCACCACCCUCUCUGGAAGUCUGUUCUCCUAUGUCGCUCCCAUCCCGCGCAGGCUACAAGCAGCCGAAGUCAGAGAACUGUCCGGAAAGCAGGUCACCCGCCACUUUUGUGGCGACUGUGGCACGCCGCUGUGGGCAGAGUUCGAGUCCGCUCCGGAGGAAUACUUCAUCAAGCUUGCGCUCUUUGGCAACAAGCUUCCUCCUGGCGCCGAGGUUUUCUGGAAGAACGUCCACGAAUCGCGGCAAAAGCCGAUCGUCGCUCCGGAGGCCGUGUUUGAUGCGUUACCUGCCUGA